AAAUCAGAUACUCAAUUCAAAUAACUUGAACCCGGACAAACCAACCCGAACCCACGACGGGGAAAAAGAAAUAAUUUUGUAAUUCCCGCUAUAAAAGCAAAACAGAUAUCGAUUGAGUUUCUCAUUUCCCGAUGGCGGCAAGAAGCAUAGACGACCACCCGGAAGCACUCCUCCUCCACAUCCUCUCUUUCCUCCCGACCCUCAACGCCGUCAGAGCUAGCUUAGUUUGUCGAAGAUGGCGGGAUCUCUGGCGCCACGUUCCCAGACUUGAUUUCGACAUGAGCCUCUACCAUUCUCCUCCGAAUGCCCUAUGCGAAUCCCGAGAUGAUUUCGCAGAACUCGUCACCCUAACCCUAUUGCUCCGCGAACAUUCUACCCCUCUGUACUCCUUCCACCUCCUAUUCAACUACCGAGACUACCGACGGACCACAACCCAAGUCAAUUCCUGGAUCCGCUACGCUAUUGCAUCUGGCGUAGUCGUCCUCCUCCUGUCCUUCCCGGAAGAUCUGUUUGUCAAAUCGGAAUUCGACACCGACGAGGACGAGACAUGGCAGAAGUAUGACUUCCAUUUCUCUAAUAUCAGAAAUAGCUGGGUUAGCUGCUUGGAACUCAAUUAUUGUCGAAUUGUUUGGCCUAAGAGUUUGCCAUGUGAUGGGUUUUCUUCGCUUCGUUCCCUUUAUCUGUGUGAUGUUUCUGUAAGAGCUACGGUGCUCUACACUGUGGUUUCGAGCUGCGUUAAUCUCGAAUUUCUUUCUCUUUCGAGGAUAAGCUACUUGCGAAAUUUUAAGAUACACUCUCAGACGCUGAAAGAAUUGGAGUUGGAGUUGUUCAAGAUCCGUCAUGAUAAGGAUAGGGGUUCUUUGGAGAUUUAUGCUCCUAACCUGCAUAGAAUAAGCUUCGACCGAUUUUCCGUAGAAGAGUAUUGCUCGAGGGAUUUAUCUUCUUUGGUUGAAGCUAAUGUGGAAUUUUGGAGUGGAGAUUAUGGAUAUUUUAACUGUGACGUCCUGCAAUUAUUAACGGGUGUUGAGAGGCUUACCUUGUUGGAUAUGCACUUUGAUCGGUAUGGCUGGAAUACCGUGAUGGAGGUUGCUGCUACAAAGAGUACCUCUGUAUCUUCGGUAUUCAAGAAUCUGAAAUUCUUGGAGCUGAAAAUUGCAUAUACAGAAGAAGAACUGCCUGAGAUUGCUGCAUUUUUGGGAGUAUGCCCAGUGCUUGAGACUCUGGUGCUUAAUUAUUACGUCGAGAGUGAUUUGCCAUUAUCUGAAGAUUUUAAGAGCGAACCUCCCACGUUCCACAUUCCGAAUCUUAAGCAAGUCAAGAUGCGGAACUACCGUAGGACUGAAAUGGAAUUGUAUGUUGUGGAGCUUCUCAAAUUGCAUAAUGUGGUCUUGGAAAAAAUUAUGGCCUUUCCUCAAGUAGCAAAUGGAAAAUCAUCAUCCCCACUUGUUCUCUUAGACAGCUUACAGUGAUUUUCGGACAAGAGGCUGUACCGCAGAAGGUUUCCUGGUACGAUUGACCAUUGCACUGGUUGUACGAAACUGUAAAACCUCAAUAUACUGAUGAAGCCAUUUUUCUUGCUUUCAGUCUAAAUACGGUUAUCCCAAAUUGCUUCUUCUCAGUAACAUGAGUAACGUGAAAGGCCUAUUGGUUUCUUUCUGCGAAGUUUUCCAGCUAUCCGCUUGAUCUGAUUCAGUGCAGCAAAAUGCUUUGACAGGCACAUAAGGGUGUUUGAUAUUUGUUUAAAGACGAGUUUAUAAGAUGUAAAAUAGAAUACGGUAAAUUACAACGAUCUCCCAUAAGG